UUUCUUUCGUAUUCCCAACUUCUCUAUUAUAUUCUCAUUCGGAGUUAGUUAUUGCAUUUGCACAUUCAAGUGAACCACACUCUUUCUUCUUCUUAGGCUUUUUUGGUUUGGUGUUAGAUACAAACAAGAUACAGAAUUUGGUUUCCAGCUUUACUUACAUUUCCUUCUCUCCUAGUUUUAACUCUUCUCAGUUGCAAAGAUGGGUGAGAACGCUGCCACCAAGAACCACCACCAAGUCUUUAACGUCUCCAUCGGUAUCCCUUCUCAGAAUGGCUCAGAAUGUUUUGAUGACGAUGGCCGUCUCAAACGAACCGGAACAUUAUGCACCGCCAGUGCACACAUUAUAACAGCCGUGAUUGGAUCUGGGGUUCUUUCUUUAGCAUGGGCCAUUGCUCAACUCGGGUGGAUUGCUGGUCCUGCUGUAAUGUUCUUGUUUUCCUUUGUCACUUAUUACACUUCUGCUCUCCUCACCGAUUGUUAUCGGACUGGUGACCCUGUCUCCGGCAAACGGAACUACACUUACACCGAUGCUGUUGGCUCCAUUCUUGGUGGAUACAAAAUGAAGGCAUGCGGGUUGAUUCAGUAUCUAAAUCUUUUUGGCAUUUCCAUUGGAUAUACUAUUGCAUCAUCGAUUAGUAUGAUGGCAAUAAAAAGGUCUAAUUGUUUCCACGAGAGUGGCGGGAAGAACCCGUGUCACAUGUCCAGCUAUCCUUACAUGAUUAUUUUCGGGGUCACUGAGAUCUUACUUUCUCAAAUUCCAGAUUUUGAUCAGAUAUGGUGGCUCUCAAUUGUGGCUGCGGUCAUGUCUUUUACCUACUCUGGCAUUGGUCUUGGUCUUGGAAUUGCGAAGGUUGCAGCUACUGGAACUUUUAGGGGUAGUCUUACUGGAGUAAGCAUCGGAACAGUGACACAAGCUCAAAAGAUAUGGAGGAGCUUCCAAGCUCUUGGUGACAUUGCUUUUGCUUACUCAUUUUCUGUGAUUCUUAUUGAAAUUCAGGACACAGUCAAAUCCCCACCAGCAGAAGCAAAGACAAUGAAGAAGGCCACUAAAACUAGUAUUGCAGUAACAACAGCAUUCUACAUGCUCUGUGGCUGUAUGGGCUACGCCUCCUUUGGAGACUUUGCACCUGGAAAUCUCCUUACUGGUUUUGGUUUUUAUAACCCUUUUUGGCUUCUUGAUAUUGCUAAUGCUGCUAUAGUAAUCCACCUUGUGGGAGCAUAUCAAGUGUUUUGUCAGCCUAUUUUUGCCUCCAUCGAAAAAUUGGCAAUACAAAGAUGUCCUGAAAACUUCUUUAUUAAGAAGGAGAUCAAAAUCCCAAUCCCGGGUUAUGGUUCUUACAAACUCAAACUUUUUAGAUUGGUUUGGAGAACAGUGUUUGUGGUCUUAACCACAGUAAUAUCGAUGCUGCUUCCUUUCUUCAACGAUGUUGCGGGAAUUCUGGGGGCGCUUGGAUUUUGGCCUUUAACAGUUUAUUUUCCAGUGGAGAUGUACAUUCAACAGAAGAAGAUAUCCAAGUGGAGUAGCAGAUGGAUUUGUCUGAAGAUGCUAAGCAUGGCUUGCUUGAUGAUUUCGACUGUAGCCGGCACAGGUUCAAUUGUUGGUGUGAUUCUUGACCUUAAGGUUUACGAGCCAUUUAAGACUACCUACUAAUGGUUGCUUGCUUUUGUGGUCGAAAUCAAGAAAGAAGCGUCGCUGGUUAAUUCAUAGGUCAAAGAUUUGUGUGGGUUUUCACUUGUUUGAUUUACUUGGUUCAGUUAUUGAUGUUAAAGAAAGCAAAUAUUUUUGUAAAUUAUGCACUAUUUGGAUUUGAAACUGUUGUAAUCUCAAAUUCCGUUUCUUUUGAAGCACUCUGUUCAUUAGUAAAUUAUUUAGGGUUGGACUGUUUCAA